AUGGGUCGAAAAGAGGAACCGAACCAGCAACAGCAGCUAAACGCAGCAAAGAGGGCGUACAAGGCCGCGGCGGCGGAGGGGAACCGGCAGGAGGAGGCGCGUUGGGCCAAUACAAUCGGGAACUUACUCAAGAACCGAGGCGAGUAUGUGGAGGCUCUCAGAUGGCUGCGCGUAGACUACGACGUUUCCAUCAGGUAUUUGCCGGAUAAGCAGCUGCUCGCCACUUGUCAGUCUCUUGGUGAAGUCCACCUCCGCCUUCAACAGUACAAUGAUGCCCUAAAGUAUCAGAAAAAGCAUUUAGAUCUAGCUAAGCAUGAAAAUGACCUCAUCGAGCAACAAAGAGCCAUGACUCAGCUAGGGCGAACUUACCAUGAAAUGUUUUUGAAUUCUGAUGAUGACCAUACUGCAGUUCGAAAUGCCAAGAAAUAUUUCAUUUCAGCUAUGAAACUUGCAGAAACUAUUAAACUGGAUCCUCUUAUGAGAGGUUCCUUUUUAAAAGAGUACGUUGAUGCCCAUAAUAACAUCGGGAUGCUUGAACUGGAUCUCGAUAACUUGGAAGAAGCGGAGAGGAUUCUUCUCAAAGGACUGGAUAUAUGUGACGAUGAAGAGUUCAAUGAGGAUAUUGAUACGCGUAGUAGGCUCCAUCAUAACCUUGGAAAUGUUUACUUGGAGAUGAGAAAAUGGCUGAACGCCAAAAAACACAUAGAAAAAGAUAUCAUAAUUUGUAAAAGAAUCAUGCAUCGUCAAGGGGAGGCGAAAGGAUAUGUCAAUCUUGGUGAGCUGAAUUACAGAACUCAAAGAUAUGAGGAAGCCAUUUCAUCCUAUCAGAAGGCUCUUGAACUCGCAAAAUCGUUGGAAGAUGAGCAUGCAUUAGCAAAUCAAAUCAGACAAAAUAUUAGAACUGUAAAAGAAGCAAUGGAAGUAAUGACUGAAAUAAAGAAAGAAGAGCAGAACCUUAAGAAGCUUGAAAGGAUUACGGAAACUGCCAGAGGCACAGAAAAUGAAAGGAAAUGCUUAAUGAAACAGAAUGCAUCUCUUGACUGCCUUGUCGACAAAGCAAGGAUGAUCCUUUCAUGGAUAAAAUUUCGUGAUGUUGGGAAAAAGAAGAAGAGGUUGGCAAGCGAACUGUGUGACAAAGAGAAGCUGGGUGACUCCUUCUUAAUAGUUGGGGAGUCGUACCAGAAGCUACGUCAAUUCAGAAAAGCCCUUAAGUGGUUCCAGAAGGGUUGGGAAACCUUCAAGUCGAUUGGGAACUUGGAGGGACAAGCAUUGGCUAAGAUUAACAUUGGAAAUGUUUUGGACUCAGAUGGUGAUUGGGCAGGUGCUUUAGAUGCUUAUCAGAAGGGGCACAGGAUUGCCAUUGAUGGAAACCUAUAUUCCUCGCAGAUUUCUGCUCUUGAAAAUAUACACUAUAGCUAUAUGAUUCGCUUUGAUAAUGUUGAAGAGGCCAGGAAAACAAAAUUGUUGAUUGACAAAUUGAAGCAAUCCAAAAAUGGAGGGUUUGAGCCUGAAGGUUCAAGGGACUGCUGUUCUGAAACUCAAUUGCAUAACCUAUCAACCGAUGACAGGUCCGAUGGUGGGUUUUCUCAGGAAAGUGGUAGGCUAAGUCCUCUGGUUGCAAAAUCUAGUGAUCUCGAUGAAUUAUUGGAUGAAAACAUACCUUUGGCAUCACUGCUUCAAUCCAACAGAAUCACGGGGAAGCAGAAAACUGUUAGUGGAUUUGCAACCAAUGCUAUCACUAGACCAAGUGAAUCCUCUAAAGACAGCAUGUCCAGGUCAGCUGGCAGUUUAAACCGCAAACGCAUGCGGGUGAUCCUUUCUGAUGAUGAAGAUGAAAAUGAGGAUUCUUGCUCUAAAAGACUGGUCUGUGAGCAUCCAGGUGAAGGCACUGCAACUUCUGAUGAAUUUAUCAGAAAAUUUCCCACUUGUCAAUCGAAUGAGGACCAGGAUGUUUCACCAGUUGCCUCAAGAUGCACUGUUGGUUCUUCUCUUGCCAAUCUUGAGAAUAGUGCAUGUUCCUACAAAUCCAGAAGUUCUAUAUUAGGCUUGCAGGACAGUAGAGAUUUUAGAGUUAAUGGAACAUGUGAAGCUUUUGUUAAUUCUAAAGAUCAUGGAACGGACAACAGUGUUCAUAUGGACUCCAGCAACCUCUUUCAAAAUAGGAUUUCCAGCUCACAUCUGCAAGCGUGCUAUGAUAAACCUUGUCAACACAUCAUUUUCAGAUUUGAUAAAGAAUUUUUACAUAUGGAUCUCGAUUUAUAUUGUGCUGGCCGAAAACUUGACUUGGAAAAGAUGAAGGUUGAGUUGGCAUGCUUGUACUAUUUAAAGCUUCCCAGAGAAAAGAGAUCAAGAGGCAAAUAUGCAUCAACGGCCACUGAUAACGAUGAUUCUGUGUCACCAGGAUUGGUGCCAGUCAUUCAACACAUGAAGUAUGGGGGGGUGGUUCUUGAAUCUAUGGAAGCCCUACUUAGCAUAAGAGACCAUGCAGAAGGCGACAACUGGAUUGAGGUUUCGGUUGCAGUUAUGGUUGCAAAACAUUUGCUGAAACUCUACAUUAACUGCUGCGAGGAAUUAUCAGAAUCACCAAAUUUGGAUGUGGUUCAGAAAUUGUAUAACUUAGAGGUGUCUGAGGAUGAAAUUGUGGUGUCUGAUUGUCAAUUGCGUGAUGUAUCAGUAGCACCAUUGCUGAAUGCUCUGCAAAUGCACAAGACUGUUGCUGUUUUGGAUCUAUCUCAUAAUCUAUUAGGAAAUGCAACCAUGGACAAACUUAAACAGGUAUUCAUAUCAUCUGGACAGAAUUAUGGUGGGUUAGUUCUAGAUUUGCAUUGUAAUCAACUUGGGCCAGCUGCUUUAUUUCAGAUUUGUGAAUGCCCAUUACUCUAUGCACGAUUGGAAGUUCUCAACAUCUCUGGGAACAACUUGUCUGAUAAAUGUGCAUCUUACCUGUCAACUGUUCUCCGGAACUGCAAAGCUCUUUAUAGUUUGGACAUAGGGAACUGUUCAAUCACAUCAAGAACAAUUCAAAUGGUUGCUGAUUCACUGGAUUCAGAAUCUGUACUUGAGCAUCUUUCUAUAGGACACAAUCACUCUGUAUCUGGAAAUGCAUUAGUGAAUCUUUUGACCAAGCUCGCCACUUUAAAACGGUCAAUGGUUUUUAAUUUCAUAUUCCUACUGAUGUGUUGUAUUUUGGUGGGUAUGAUUCACAAAUUGGUGAAAUUUGCUUCUUACAGGUUUCAAGAGCUCAAUCUAACUGGGAUAAAAGUAAGCAAGCCUGUGGUGGAUAGCCUUUGCCGACUUGCCUCCAACUGUUGCUUGUCAGGAUUGCUGCUGGGGAAUUCUUCUAUUGGAACUGAAGGUGCAGUAAAGUUGAUUAAGCCAUUAUCCAAGGACACCCAGGAUUUGGUCAGGCUCGAUCUUUCAUUCUGUGGGCUUACUGGCAAUUGCAUUACUGCACUCAGAGAUGAAGCAUCUUUGGUCAGUGGGAUUCUUGAAUUGAAUCUUGGUGGAAAUCCGAUGAUGAAAGAGGGAUGCAGCCAGUUGGUAUCCAUACUCAGCACUCCUCAGUGUUCUUUUCGAGUUCUGGUCCUCUGUAAGUGCAAACUCGGCCUUGAUGGUCUAAUCCACAUACUUCAAGCACUGUCAGAAAAUCAUUCUCUUGAAGAACUCGAUCUGGCUGACAAUGUGGGUGUAAAUGAAAUCCAAGCUCUAACAGACAUAGAUGAAAACCAGCUCGAAAUUGCCGACAGUGAAGAUGAACUUGUAGAUUCAGAAGCUACUUUAUCCACCUGGAAAAAUAACCCCAUGCACACAAAACCUGAGAAAUCAGUGGCCUUGUCAGAAUGCGAGCCCAUUCAACAGCUUUCCGAUUGUAUAAAGAUGGCUGGGAAGUUAAGAUUGCUCAAUCUUAGUGAUAAUGGAUUCCCGCAGGAGGUUGGGGAUGUGUUGUUUUCGGCAUGGUGCACAGGCGCCCGAUCCUGUGUUGGCCGAAGGCACGUUGAUGAAAAGGUUGUCCAUUUCUCGGUGGAAGGGAAAAAUUGCUGCAGCGUUAGGCCCUGCUGCCGAAAGAUUUGA